AUGUUAGAAAAAAAGUUUGCUGACAUUGACAAAAAAUUUGAGAAUGUUUUAAACAAGAACAAGAGGAAGUUAGAAAAUGCUCAGAUAAAACCUAUACAUGACAAGUUCCUAUUUGCUCAGAAUGGUAUAACAGGUCUAAUCGCACCACCUGGGUCGGGUAAGACUUUCACUUAUCUUAAAAUGGCUGCACAACAACAAGAACUAGAUGAGAAGAACCCAUUCUAUGAGUUAGUAGUCAUUUGUAGUACUUCUGGUCAAUUUGACCAAACCGUCAAUUCGUUCAAAGAUAUUAUAAAAAAGUCUAAGUUAGUAUGUAUAAAAGACUCUGAGUUGUUAGAUUGGAUAAAGAAGUACCAAAGAAGAGUUUUGAAGUACAAUGCUAUAAAUGAGUAUGUCAAUUCGAAGUUUAAAGACCCAAAUGAGGAAAUGCAGAGAAUAUUA